UAUGUGAUAGAUCUGACUGUAUCAAUGGCACAUAACCUAUGCGAGUGACUGCGUCUUAUUCAUGGGGCAACGUUUGUGUGUGUGUGUGUGCUGUGCUAGGAUGCCUCGUUAUUUAUUGAGCAGACGACACAUAAUUCAAACAAUACUUUGAACGUAACGACUAGAAACUAUGUUGGUAUGGUUGAGAUUUACCCGCCAGGGGGAGACACUGGGAAUUAAAGGAUUAAAAUGGAGAUGCACGCCAGUGUAGUUCGGAUGUUUUUUUUGAACAAAAUAAUUUCGCAGCGGAAGGUUUAUGUGUGCAAUGUUUAAAGAAAACUUCGAAAUGCAACUCACAGCAUAGAGCGUUACGUUAUAAACACCAGGCCAAUGUGUUUAAACACAUGGGACUCCCCUUCGAUUGAGAGUCCUCACUUCUCUAGAUAGAAAUUGAACAAGAAACGAAAGACAACAAGGAGCCAAUAACAUUCCGUUCUGGUUACUUAAACACAAGUCAUGAACGGGACAUGGUUUAACGCUACACAGAACUCAGAACCCAUAAGCCCGGACAUUAAAACUUCCGGCGUCGCUAUUGGGCCAACGGCUGCCUUGGCCAAAGAUGGGGUCUCGGUUUUCAGUGAGGAGGAGGAGGAUUUGUUCUCCGUAGUUGGGGUGAAUAUCACCAGUGAAGUGUGGUUUAAUGUCAGUUGUCAAUCUCUAAAGAUGCCCGAGGAUUUCAUCAAAAACAUCUUAGAGCCUAUGAUCAUCGGGAUCGGUGUUUGCGGGAUUCUGCUGACCUUGACCGUCCUAACCCGAAAGUGUAUGAUCAACUCCUGCAACUGCUAUUUGACUGCCCUGGCUAUCGGUGACUUGAUUUUUCUACUGAUUCUGACCACCAGGAUCCUGUUCGAGAAGUUUGUGGACUGUGAUUUACGGAUGCGUGGCGAGUUGACCAUAUGGGACACCUACUCAUACAUAGUGAUGGACAUAUUUCAGUACUUGACAGUCGGUGUCACCGUCAUGCUUGCUGUUGAGAGGUACAUCGCCAUCUGUCACCCCAUGAGAGCCAUGGGGAUGUGUACGGUCAAGAGGGCCCGGAUCAUUAUCGUCCUACUGGCUUUCGUGUCUCUGGUUCUGAUGUUCCCCAAGUUCUUUGACAUUCAGGCAACGCUGGCCAGGAAGAACGCGUACGAGACGGUUUUAGUAGUGACCUUUGCUUACGUGUAUGACAACCAGCUGUACAACUACAUUGUCACGUUCACUCUCCUGACCAUUGUCCCAUUGGUCUCUCUUAUGGUUCUAAACGGGCGGAUCAUCUAUGAAAUCCAUCGGUCAUCGCGCUACCUCCAGAACUACUUGGGAGUGGACUGGAGGGUCAGGUCCAUUGUGUCCAGUGAGGAGCUCAAGAUCACCAUGAUGUUGGUCAGCGUAGUCCUGGCAUUUUUUGUGUGCCACGCGCCCUAUAUGGUCUACACGGCGGUAGUUGCCUUCAGGGAAUUUGAUCCCGAGAAGCACCCGGAGCUGACCUCAUCGGAUAUGAUGACCUACCUUCGCCACAUUUGUCACAGCUUGCUGGCACUUAAGUCUGUCUGCAACUUUAUCCUGUACUGCUGGUUCUCGGACAAGUUCUGGGCGACCUUCAAGCGGAUGUUCUGCAAGCAGAAGUGCCGUGGCAAGAAGUUGUCAUACAGACACGGCAGCUGCAACAACGGUCACCACUGCCGCUUCAGCAGCCGCACGCACCCGCUGAGAUCUUCUGACUACGUCAGCAAGGAAACAACAUGUUGAAAAAUUUCAUAACAUUUGCUAAAAAUGAGGUCUAUGAUCUAUCAAUAACAUUUAAUACCAUUAAAAAAAACUACAUAUAUUUUUAAAUACAAGCAAUCAACAUAUAUCCUACACAUACGUUUAAACAUAAAAAAAUUGUUUGAAAGGGAAAGAUACAUUUACGAUUGUCUUCUAUGGCAGAUUACUAUCAAUAGUUAUAAUUUUAAAGUGUAUCCUGUGGACCCGUGUACAGAAAAUUGAGGAUGUGUUGAUUAUCUAUACAAUUUACGAGGUAUACGAUAAUUUUUGUGCACUUUUUUUUUACUAAUGUUAAAUUAUAGACUUAUAUCUAUACUAUAUCUAGACUGGACAUGGAGAUUUUGUAAACACUACAAAAAAUGUCGUGAAAAUUUUUUUAAGGUUGAAACAAUGCGUGGUUUUGUAAAGUAGUUAUAAAAAAGUAAAGUUGUUGUUUUUUUCAACCCUAACCUAUGUAACAUAUAAUUUAAUUUUUAGAUCUAGAUCUAGCAAUUGAACAUAAAAAAUACGAGUACUUUCGUCUCAUAAUUAUUAUUUUGCAAUUUUUAGAUACAUAAUCUAGAAAGAUCUAGGUAAUCAAUCUAUUUAAAUGUACAUAAGAUUAUUAAAAUCAACAGACAUGAAUUAUUUCGAUCUUGGAUUUUUGAAACAUUAUCUCAAUAUUCUCAAUGGAAGCUAACAGGAAAUGGCUUUGUUUCAUAUACUUGCGUAAAUAUAUAGUUCUGUGAUUAAUAGCCCAUUCUAAAGAAAAUCCGAGAAAUGAUUUUGCAUUGUUUCUAACCUUGGAAAACUAAAGAUCAUUACUUUUCUAAGACAGAAGAUUCAUUUGGGCGACUUCCCUUACAGCUUGAAAACUAAAGAUCAUUACGUUUCUAAAACAGAUCGAUUUUCCUAGAUUCGGGGCGUCUUCUAUUAGAGAUUGAAAAAGAUUUACGUACAUAAAUAUAUAUAUAUAUAUAUAUAUAUCA